AGAGAACCCGGCUGAGUCACGUGACUUGGAAUCAAAGCCAGGCUCUUGCGCCUGGGAACCUGCAUUUUUCUCAGUUGGGCAACAAUGCGUUCUAUAUUGAAAAAGAGACCUGGAGAGGAGACAGUCAGCUGUCUGCCCCCAAACAAGUGCUUGGCAAAGGUUUGCAAUUUGAGAGGUGGAGGGUACAAACAAACAAGAAGAGUUGGAUGCCAGAAGACCCAUGCUCUCCGAAAACCUCCUCCCCACCCAUCUAAUGCUUCGCAGUGGGAUGCUGGUCUCUCUAGCCACCUUUCCAAAGCACACAGUCAGAAUGUGGCAGAAACCCUGGCCAAACAUAGUGGGAAGCAAAAGAAAUCAUCCAGGUUAUGGGAGGCCCAGAAAGCCGAGGAGAGAAAAAGUCGUGUGACUUUCGGCUUGACGAUCACAGACGCUGGGUCCCACCACUCUUUCACCUCCAUAGAAGAUGACCUCGAUGAAACCACCAGCAAGGUUCCUGUCUUCAAACCUGAGCUAGUCACUGCCCAUUGCUUCAGGCAGUUGAAGCAGAAAGACUUCCGCCUGCCAAAGAGCCGCCGGAGGAUCAUCAUUGUGCCUGGCACAAAGGACCAAGUGCCAGCCCGGCCCACAGUUCCGCCUGAAGCUCCCCUCCCACUCAUGCCUAGCUUCAGAGUUCUGGAUACUAGCGACACCCAGGAGCUACCAGUGGACAAGAAGGUCUGGCUGAAUCAGAGGGCAAAGCUUCGGAGGCAGCUGGAGACAUUCGGUGAUGUCAAGACAUGGCUGGACAAUAAGCCCAACAUCACAUCAUCAGAGUUCAGGGUUCUGUCCAUGAUUCGCCAGGAGCAGAAAACCCCAAAACAUACCUUGAUUUCAAUCAGGAGAGCCAAGGACAGAGCUCUCAGACAUGUCCGCCUAAUUGCACCACAGCUGCGGCUGCCUAAGCCCCCUGUCCUGUCUGACAUGUACGCCUACCUUCGUAGUCGAAAGAUCAAGAUCCUAGAGAUAUUUAGCAAGGGGGAGCGGGGCGAGAACCAGCGCAUCUCCAGGGAGGAAUUUCUCAUGGCUCUGAAGGCGGUAGGAGUUCCUCUGAAGAACCAAGAGCUGGAGGACAUCAUCAUCUACCUCGGCUCUCUUGGCAAGCAGAACACCAUCACCACAGAAGCCCUGGCCAGUACCUACAAGCAGUGGUCACUGGCCCAGCAGAAAAGCACCAUACCUAGUGCCAAGGAGUAUUACAAAUUGUCUGCAAAGAGAACUCCCCUGAAGCACAGCCCUAAAGAGCAGCAAGCUACUUCAUCCUCACAGCCUCGCAAGAUGGACCUGCUGAAGGUGCCUGAGGUUGAUACAAAGAUGGAGGGGCGGCCCAUGUCAGAGGAAGACAUGGAGGAUGUGGGCAGACGGUACCGAGAGAGGCGGAGGCAGUACAAGCUCUCUCUCCCCUCCAUUCAAUACAUGGAGAACUGCCGCCUGGUUCGAUCUGGGACGAAAGAGUUUGACAAUCACUGCCUGCCGACUACCAUCUCUGGGGAGAUGGAGGAGCUGCUCAAUGUGACCCGCAGGGAUAACUUCCUGGUCUACCUGCAGUGCUGGGAACUCUGUGAGGCCUAUGGGCUCCCGCUGACUGAAGAGAUCCUCAUGAGAGCACUGCUGUAUCCAGGAGACAAGAUCAUUACUCUGAAAGAAGAAGUCCGCCCAAUCCGGCAGCCUGGAGGCUAUUAUAUAGACCAGAGGAUUGUCUACAGCCUGGCUGCACGCAGGAGCCCCCGCAGGCAUGGGGGAAAGAAGAGAGACAAGAAGACAUCAAAGAAAAUGAAGAAAAUGCACUUUGACGAUUUCGAGGAAUUAACUGGGAAGCUGAAGUUGCAGAGGUUAAGCCCCUCAGACACCCAUCCCAAUCACUUCUGGCCCGGUCACCUUCUGGACAAGCUGAGGCUCUACCUGCCUACUGUGGCCAAGGACCAGAGCCUGGCGAUCUUCAGCUGUGUGGAACACAAGCCCCCUGCUUACCCUGCCAUUUACCACUCUAAGAACUACUGGCCCAUGAAAGACUUUUCUUAUAUGACCCAUGCCUAUUAUGAUGCAAACAAGGUGUACUCCAUCAACUAGAGUGGAUUGCAGGAUGCUGGACCAGAAGACAGUGCAGCCAGAAGCCCCCAGCUGCAGUCAUGAGAUAUCAACGAGCUAUACGGAAAAAAAAAAACAAAACAUUCCCAGGGAAGGUCCGGGGAUGUGUCCCCUGAUGCCACAGUGGGGUGUGGAUGUGUCCACACACACAUGCUGCUUUCCUAUCUGUCAUGACCUCUGCCGUUUUGAAAUAAACUAGGUUAGAGCUGAACUAACCUUCACUAAA